AGUUGCGCAACAGGCGGGCGGGGAGGGGAGGGACUGGCGGCCCCGACGGCGAUUGGGGCCAUCUGAACAGCGCUGCAGGGCAAGACGGGCUCUUCCUUCCUCGCCUCGCCUCGGCCGAUUGACAUUUCCCAAAGAUGGCGGCUGUUGGUUUAAUCUCAUCCUGCACUCGUCCCUUUGUGCCUUUACUUAGGCCAGGAGUUCCAAAGAUGAGCUCAUCCCAAUUGCACACCACUGCCGGACGUGCUUCCAGGGAUUAUUACGAAGCGCUGGUGCUAGGCGGGGGAACCGGUGGGAUCACCAUGAGCGCCCGCAUGAAGCGGAAAGUGGGAGCUGGAAACGUGGCUGUUGUAGAGCCACAAGAGAAACACUAUUAUCAGCCACUAUGGACUUUGGUUGGGGCGGGGGCAAAGCAGCUGGCCACAUCUUCACGCACGACAGCAAGUGUAAUUCCUUCUGGUGUCAGGUGGAUCCAGUCCCGAGUUCAAAAACUGGAUCCAGACAACAGCUGUGUAUACUUGGAGAACAACCAAAAGAUCUCUUACAAGUAUUUGAUCAUUGCUCUUGGACUCCAGCUGCAGUAUGAAAAGAUCAAGGGCUUGCCUGAAGGUUUUAAAUACCCUAAAAUAGGUUCCAAUUAUUCCAUUCACACAGUAGAGAAAACAUGGAAAGCAUUGCAAAACUUCGAGGAAGGAAAUGCCAUUUUCACCUUUCCAAACACUCCGGUGAAAUGUGCAGGCGCACCUCAAAAGAUCAUGUACCUGUCAGAGGCAUACUUCAGAAAGACCGAAAAACGAUCCAAAGCCAACAUAAUCUUCAACACGGCACUUGGUGUAAUAUUUGGUGUGCAGAAAUAUGCUGACUCUCUGCUCGAAAUAAUCAAAUCAAGGAACAUUACAGUUAACUACCGACACAACCUCGUAGAGGUUCGAGCUGAUAAACAGGAAGCUGUCUUUGAGAACCUGGACAAACCUGGAGUAACAGAAGUAUAUCAGUAUGGAAUGCUGCACGUUACACCACCCAUGGGACCCCCCGAUGUGCUCCUGAAUAGCCCAGUUUCUGAUGCUGCUGGCUGGGUUGAUGUAGACAAGGAGACGCUACAACAUAAAAAAUAUCCAAAUGUGUUUGGUAUUGGAGAUUGCACUAACCUUCCUACCUCGAAGACAGCUGCAGCUAUAGCUGCCCAGUCUGGAGUACUUGAUAAAACCAUUUCUUCCAUAAUGAAGGGCAAAACCCCAAUGAAAAAGUAUGAUGGCUACACGUCCUGUCCACUGGUAACAAACUAUAACAGAGCGAUCCUCGCAGAGUUUGACUACAAUGCGCAGCCUUUAGAAACGUUCCCCAUUGACCAGAGCAAAGAGCGACUGACCAGUUUUCACAUGAAAGCUCACAUGAUGCCUCUUCUUUACUGGCACGGGCUACUGAAGGGAUUCUGGGGAGGUCCUGCUCCAAUAAGGAAACUGGUACACCUGGGGUUGAAGUAAAGAGUCACUUUCUCCUGUAUCAACAACCAACCAAUCCAUCAUAUUUUAAUAAGCACCACAGCUUUCAGAAAGCAAUCUGGAAGAUAUUCACCUGCACUUUCCAUAUAAAUAAAAUCCAGUUUAUCUGCAA